AUGUCAAGCGAAGACAUGCCCCUCCUUGAGGAGCACCCACCGAUCAACGUCACUACACAGCAGCUCCCACGCAACUACUCGAAGCCUUUCCUCACCCCAAGUCCUCCGAUAGCUCCUGCAGAAGCACUGUAUCAGUUCGAGAGAGGCCAGUCACCGCCAAGCGUAUGGCCGAUCCCCGUCGAAGUGUACCGACCUCUACGGCGCAAGCCUUCAAGCUCACACUUGUCGUCGGCGGGGACCAUUCAGGGUGGAGUUAGCGAGCGACCACUAGCGCCGUUCUCUGCAGAGAAGGGUUUGCAGAAUCUUCUGCCACCUUUCACUCCUUCGCACUUCCCAUCACCCUCAUCGCCUUCGUUAGCAUCCACCAUCACGACUUUACAGUCGACACCAUCGCAGUCGCCUGCGGCAUACCAAGCAGACCUCGACGAGGAGUUGAGGGAAGAAGCGAGUCAGCCUCUGUUUACCAAACGUAAGUUCCCUUCUUUUACGCAGGCAAAGCGACUCCCCAGGCGGGCAAGUGGGGAGUGGUACGUCUACGCGGCGGUCAUUGAAGGCAACGCGGAAGCAAUUCAUCAGGAAGCUGUCAAGAAAAGGGCGAGGUCGGUACGAUUGGCGGGCGUUGAUAGUGAGGAGUCGGACGCGAGCGCCCACAGCGCGUCGGGAGAAGAGAAGGACACGACUACCCAAUCCACUUUUACGCUUUCGAAUUUCAAGUUCCCAGCCCCGUCAGGCAAGGCUUGGGCUGACACUUUUGGACAUUUGCACGAGCCGACGCCACCAACGAGUCCAGCAACAUUACACUAUAAGGGUGCAUCGUUCGAGCUGGUAAAUCCUCGCGCAUCUCUUCUUCUUGGAAAGCAGGAUAUUGAAACCCCGGCAGAGAUCGAUGGGCUUUUGGAUGACUACUUCUGCGCCUCCGAAAUGCCUUACAACCACGUGACGGGAGAGCUCUCUUCUCCUGUCCUUGACACAUCAGAAGAUGGCUCCCGCCGUACGCGCACUCUUUUCACUGACGCCAGCAGUGCGAGACGCACAAUCAUGCGCAUUCCGAGUCUCCCCGCAGAUCGCUACUCGCCCCCCGCACAAGAUUCACCGCUUGCUGGCCGGUCGACCUCCCAGCCAGUAUCGCAGCAUGACUCCAUUGGAACAUUCCAGCAGCAGGGAACUGGUCCCCAAAAUCACUUCCAACCUGCACCACUAAACCCAAGCAGCUAUAGAGAAGACACCAGAUACAGAUUUCCCGCAGACACUCAAGACCAGGUAGCCACUGGGUUCGAUGAUGACCGAAACGAUAGAGCCAACAUCUCCCACCGCACGAGCGUGUUCAGUGAUCCGUUUGACCUGGAGUCCAGCGAGGAGACUAUAGAGCUUGGUCGCAACAAUCUCGACGAAAUGAUCACGACCCAAGAUCGUGAGGACUCCCUGAACACUUUGUAUACCAUUGAGCGGGACAGCGAGCUGAUGACCUCGGAAGAUGGCGAUGAAGUUCAAGCGCGUCUAAACUCCCAGAACCAAGAUACCACCCUCGAUGACUUCUUUGGCGCAUACGAAUAUACCAAUCCGGAUGUUGGACAUGGCGGACUCUACGAGGACAGAAGCCCACCUUACGGUGACACUGGUCCAUAUUCUGCAUCUAGUGAGGGCUUCGACGAUAGUGCUCCAUUCUUGGACGAUGUAGCAUCUCCGGCCCCAUGCCGUCCGCUCUCGCACGGCCCGGCUGGAUAUGCUGAGCUCAACGAUCAGACCGGUCUCCGUCCGCGCACUCAUACGCAUGGCAUCUCCAUUGAGCCAAGAGGGCCACCACCAAUGACGCCUCCUCAAGCUCCCGCACUGUCUCCACAAGCUCGCCUUCCCUAUCAGGCUGAUUGCACGGAAAUACCAAGCACCAGUCAGGAGUAUGGACCGACCAGUCAGCUCCUCCGGCUGACGCCAACUUCUCAAGGCCCAGCUCAGCCGUCACAUUUCUAUCCGAACGGCGGCACCAUGAUUGAUGGUAAUGGUCCGCGAUCAGAGACCAAAUAUGUUACCGCAGAACAACGGAAUGUUCCGCCGUCGGACUCCGCCAUGGGAUGUGCAGAUCCAAGCAUACCAGCCGUCUGGUCAAACACAGACCUGCGUCGUCGGGGUCAAGCAAGCGCACCACAUCUCCGUGUCCCAGCGGCUGUCGCAGUUCGACUAUCGACCCGCUUCAGCCUUGACGAUGAAGGUGACUGGGAAGACGUCUCAGUAGAGGUUCGGCCCGGCGACAUUCAAGAUGCACAUCGGGAGAGCAUAAUCAGCGUUGCUAAUGUCAGUGAUGCUAGCACUGUCAGUGACUUGAUAGUGCCACCCAUGGCGCCAACUAGGGAGCGGUCCACGCUGCCAACAACAAUUCAGCGGGCGGCGACAAAGUUGCAGCGUGGGAAUCUGAAGCCGCGUGAGCUGCUGACCCUGCCCGGCGAGACCAUCCAUGAUCGACGUGUUCACCGUGCAAUGCAAGUCCUUCGAACCAUAUACGAAGAGAAAGGUGCUCUACCGUCGAGCACCAGUACUGGGUGUUCUCCCGCUGAUAAAGAAUUGACGAAGAGACUCGAGCGCGAGCUGGUAGCACUUCGCAGGGAAGAUGAGACUGUGAUUCGCGAGGCCGUUGACGCAUUGACGCUGGAGAUGAACCGAGAGCGGCCAGCAACUUCUCAUCACAAGGGCAAAGGCCGCUACGAUCCGAAUAUCAGCUUCGAUCACAUCAUACGCAAGCUCAGCCUCGAUCGUAUGAGUCUUCAUGGCAGCGAGCAGCGUAGCCGUGCAUCCAGCACGCGCAGUCUACCGGGGACGCAAUCAUCAGCACAAUCCGGAGGUCUCAGCUACAGUCCCUCUCAAGGCACUUUCAUAACCGUCAACGAGGGAGAUGUGGACACUCCUCCGAUGCCGCCAUUGCCUGCCAACAUUUCUCACUGGUCGCCACUGGGAUCUGCUUCACCUGUCAUACCCUCACGCGGCGAAUACGGCACGAUAUGUAAGAUGCGCACUCAAGCCGAUCAAGACAUGGAAAUGGACGAGCUCACCAUCACUGGUAGACGUCUUCCGGCAGUCAGUAGUCAGACUGGUCUGCGCCCUAUGCACCUCGGUAACAGCCACCAGGACAGCACUGCCACUAUCGUCACGCCAGAUCACCGUCUGACAGAUGCAGAGCUCAUGCAACGCGCGCCAGCCUGGACCAUGACUCCCCCAGUCAGUCUUCCUGGCCGCACUGCCCUUGAUCUAGGCCCACGAGACGGCCCCCGCGCUCGCCUUCUGGAUGCCGAAAAUGCUGGGAGCGAAGGCUUGAUCGCUGAGCAGAAGAAGAUCAGUCGACGCUGCUUUGCUCUGGUCCAGUAUUGCCCGAUCUCGGCGUUCUUGUUUGGAAUUAGGUAUCUUGACAAGUACGCUGAGAACUUGAGCGCAGGACGUGUGAAGGAGAUGCGGAGGAAUGAUAAGGAGUGGGCUUUGUACGUUGCGGCGCCUUUGGGGUGUAUUGUGUAUGCUUUGAUUGGUGUCGUUACCGCCAUGGUCGUGAUCCUCACUCGCGUGACGUGA